AGUUGGAGUCGCAUCCCACGCAAAUCGACCUAUCUCAUUUCGCGCGGAAUCGGUGUUUUGAAUAGCAGUACUCUGCCUGCGAACACGUUGUCGCUUCACGGUACGUAAUUUUUUUUUGAUUACACACCUAUAAUUAUCAAUACCUGAAAGUAUCCUCUUGUUGCACUUCUUGGACGCACAUCAACGCGGUGCUCUUCACAGGUGACUGAAAUAGUCCUGUUGUUUUCCUUUUUCCUUUUCUUCUCUUUCGUUUUACGCAGCAAAAGAAAAUGGCGGAUGAAGAGGACUAUGACGUCGAGGUUCAGAAGACCGAUAACAGACAGGCGGAGCGCUCGCAGCGGCGUAUUGAAGUUCUGCAACACGACACGAACCAAGCGCGGACGGAGGAGGUUGUGGAGCACGCGCAGUGCGUCCUCGAUGCGAUGCCGGCCGAGUACGCCUCGAAGGACGUGGCGGCCAAGCUGAAGCAGCGCCUCGACACGGCGUACGGCGGGACCUGGCACGUGAUCGUCGGGCGACACUUCGGUGCGAAUGUGACGCACGACGCCGACACCUUGAUCAACAUGAAAAUCGACGGCGUAUACUUUUUAGCGCUGCGGUCAGGCCCGCCGGAGCGGCCGAUGCUGGAGCCGCAAGACGAAUCCGGAGGGAACUACUAA